ACUACACUACACUACACUACACUACACUACACUACACUACACUACACUACACUACACUACACUACACUAAUUAUUUUCAAUAUCGAUCUUUUUCAGAUGAGUUUAGGGUAAAGUAUGAAAUAAAUUAUAACAUCACACCGAAAAUGAUCGAGAAAUAGAAUGAGUUCUAAAAGAAGACGUUAUUGAUUGAUUUAAACCAAGUGAUAAGAACAAUUCAACAUGGCUACGACGAUUGGAAUUGUCAAGAGUGCGACUGAAACCAUUCUUGGAAUCGGAGAGGUUUCCAUUGAUAACUUUACUUUUAAAUUAUUCUACAAAUGGUCUGUGUCCUUGUUUGUUGCUGGCAGUGUUGCUGUCUGCAGCUCACAAUUUUUUGGAGAUCCAAUCUCAUGCGAGACGUCACGUGAUGAUGUUUACCAGGCUGAUGACAGCGUAGACGAGGAGGUACUCAACGCUUACUGUUGGAUGUACUCAACCUUCGACAUUCCACCAGAUUUCAAGGGGUCCUGUGCUAGAAAGACGUUUGACCGUACAAACCUGUACAACACGUACUAUCAGUGGGUUUCUAUAUUCCUCAUGAUGCAGGCUAUUGUAUUCUACCUACCCCGGUGUAUAUGGCUUUCCAUGGAAGGAGGAUUAAUGAAUUUCCUCGUUAAAGGAAAUCAAGGAAGAGUUGUGGAGGACGCCGAAGCUAAAAAAGAGAAACUGUUAGUCAGCUUUUCAUUCACAUCCUUCCCAGUUACGAAUGCAUUUUUGAACCAUCAGUUCUACGACUAUGGAUAUUUAGUUUAUAAUUAUUACAGAUUGCCUGCAGAAGAACGACAGCUGCCAACGACUGUGAAUCCUAUGUGUGAAGUGUUCCCUAAAGUUGCAACAUGUAACUAUGUCCGGUAUGGUAGAGGAGGUGGUCAGGAAGUUAAAAAUGCAAUCUGUAUUCUAUCACUCAAUAUCAUCAAUGAUAAGGUGUUUGCUCUGCUCUGGUUCUGGCAUUGUUGUCUGAUUAUUGCUGGAUUUAAUAGAAUAUUGACAAGAUCUGCUCAGCUACUCUCUUCAAGAGUAAGAUAUUUCCUCAUGAAAAUGAUGAUGCACAGAUAUUUGAAUAAUAAUCGGCAUACAAAACAUAUACAACACUACAUACUCAACUGUAGUAUCGGAGACUGGUUUGUUUUGUAUCAGAUGAGUAAAAACUUGAACAAGAGAUUUUUUGCAGAAUUCAUGUCUAUGCUAUCAAUAAAGGUGAACCCUGAUGCAGAUCUGUGUGCUGACCCUGAGGUUGAUAUAACUAAGAUAGGUCAACCUGGACCUAACGGACCUACUGCUCCUUUCUCAGAGGACUUCUAUGAUGAGGAGCAGUCAAUGGGAACCGAGGAGAGUCCUGAACCCGAAACUGCUGAAGCAGGAGAUUUAAAUACAUUGGAACGGAAACGAAGGUAAAAUGUCGUCUUUCUUUAACAACAAAA